GUGAAGCGAAAAGCUGAGACGUCGUCGGGAGCUGCUACUGCUCUUCGCCGGAGAAGACGACGUUGGGUGGUGAUGGCCGUCGGGAAGCAACUGUCGGUUGUAGAGAAACGGAAGAACCGAGAAGACGACGAAGAACUGAGAGGCUGCGGGAGGCUGCGUUCAGAGUGCUGGGAUUCCGCCGGAGCGCUGAACGAACCGCCGGAGAAGAAGAGACGAAUCGAGCACGAACUUCCGGAGAAGGAGAAACGACCUGCAGGAAACGGAUGGCAGAACGACGGAGAACCUGAGCUUCGGCCACGAACGGAGAAGAACCAGAUGGCUGGGUUGCAAGACGGCCGAAAAAUUAAGAAAAACAGAGAGAGAAGCGAGCGACGCCAGAGAAGACAGGGUCUGCAUGAAGCCGGUGGGUGUGCGGCGGCAAGUUCAUUUUAUGAUCACCUUGAGCACAAGUUAUUAGAGGGAGAGGUUGACAACCUAACAAAACGGAAAUGCAAAUAUAGAUGGGAGAAGCCUGCUCAUUUCAUGUCAAAUUGCAAGUGGAUGGGGACUGGGGACUGUUUUUUGAAGGAUGAUAACUGUGAUUCUGAUUAUGGUCUCAAGCCAAAAUUGUCUAAGCACUGGUUGGAUGUUUAUGAAAAAUAUGGAGGCAAGGAUUUUCAUUCUUCCAAGCAGAGAUUGUUCUUCUCGCUUUGCAACAGCUAUCGGGAUAUAUUGCACUAUAACAAGAAGCCAUUUUAUCUAAAGGGCCUGGAAGAAGACUCAAGUGUAAUGGAUGCAUACAUUAUCCAUUCUACUAGGGACCUUGUGAUUAAGAAUGAUGCGAAGCUUGCCAAGCAGCAAGAUAUUUCUAAGGGGGACAUUCUUGCUGGUGAAGAUUUUCUUGAUCAUGGGUUUACUCGCCCUAAGGUUCUGAUCUUGUUGCCUUUUGCAAGUUUUGCACUUCGUGUUAUUAAGAGGCUAAUACAACUGACACCUUCAUCAUACAAGACUAACGUGGAGUACAUGGAUCGUUUUUGUGAUGAGUUUGGAACUGAAACAGCUGAAGACAGUGGGGAUCAUCAUGUUUUUGAGAAAAAAUCAUCUAAACCUUCCGAUUUUCAAGCACUAUUCGGUGGGAAUAAUAAUGAUCAUUUUAUGAUAGGCAUCAAAUUUACUAGGAGGUGCAUAAAGUUAUACAGUGAUUUCUACUCGUCAGAUAUGAUUAUUGCAUCUCCUCUUGGACUGGUUACUAAAAUUGGGGAGGCUGAAAAAGAGAAGGAAAAAGAUAUUGAUUAUCUUUCUUCAAUAGAGGUUCCCAUUAUUGAUCAUGCUGACGUAAUUGCGAUGCAGAAUUGGUCCCAUGUGAUUACAGCUGUUGAACAAUUAAACCGCUUACCGUCUAAGCAACAUGGGACUAAUGUUAUGCGCAUUCGGAAAUGGUAUCUAGAUGAUCAAGCUCAAUUUUAUCGGCAAUCAAUAAUUUUAGGCUUUUAUUUGAACCCAGAUAUAAAUUCCUUUUUCAAUCGCCAUUGCCUUAACUUCCAUGGAAAGGUGAAGUUGAUUUGUGAAUAUAAAGGUGUUCUCCCAAAAGUACUACUUCAAGUACGGCAGAUCUAUGAGCGUUUUGAUGUGGAUUCAAUUGAAAAUUCUGAUGAUGCUCGUCUCAAAUAUUUUUCCAAGAAGGUGUUCCCCAAGAUUAAAGAUUCUAUCGAGGGUGGGAUUAUGUUAUUUAUCAGUUCUUACUUUGAGUACGUUCGCCUUCGAAAUUUCUUGAAGUCACAGAAUGCUUCUUUCUGUCUGCUUGGGGAUUACACGGAACAGAGUGAUAUUUCUCGUGCGCGGGUUUCAUUCUUUGAAGGCAGGCAGAAGAUCAUGCUUUACACAGAGAGGGCUCAUUUCUACCACAGAUACAAGAUCCGUGGGAUUCAGAAUUUAAUCAUAUAUUCUCUCCCUGAAAGAAAAGAAUUUUACCCUGAGAUUGUCAAUAUGCUUGAAGGGUCACACAGCAUGACUUGCACUGCGCUUUUUUCUCGCUUUGAUCAGUUCCGGCUGGAGAGAAUUGUUGGGACUACUCCUGCAAAACGGAUGGUGUCAUCAGAGAAGGGAGUCUUCGUUUUCUGUUAGAAGAUUUUUCCAUGCUUUUGUUGUUGGGCAAUUGCAACUUUCUCUGGGUACCACUGUAGCCUUCCUCCAUUUUUAUGCAAUAUGGCUGCCUUGAGGUAUACAUCCAGAUUAUGAUUUUGGCAGGCCUCUUCAAAUGCAGGAGAAUCAUUCAUUUUCUUCGUUGUAGGUGCGAAGGAAAAAGAUUUUGGCAGAGUUGUGUUUUUCCAUUGUAUUUUUAGGCUUAACGGGGGGGUCUGCAUCAGGAAGUCCUUCAUUAAGGGACAUCAUAGAAGACGACUUCAAUUUUGAGAGUAAACUAUUGUGGAUUUUGAAAAUGUUUGUUUAGUGUGAUAUUUAACUGUUAUGUAAAUAACAUAGGACACUUUCUGUUCAUUGAGAGUGAAGUAAUAUAUUGGUGUUGAUCUUUUGCUA